GCGCGCGCUUGCGACUUGUUCCCGCUCAUCAUGUCUUCGACGAGGGUAUCGGGCGCGUUCCUGAGGGUGCGAUGCCGCCAGAGCCAGCAGCAGCCAAGGGCUCUGCUGCAGCCCCUCCUCCGACGCACGUACGCGACGGAGCCCGAGGACCCCGCGAGCAAGCCCCUCCCACGCCCUGUCAAGCGCCAGACGCGCCCCCUCCCUCGCUUCGAGGAUGUUGUGCACCCGCAACCCCCUCCCCCUCCAGACAUGAGCAAGCCGAAGCAGAAGGCCCCCCCUCCUCCCCCACCUCCCAAGACGUACGCCGAGCAGCUGCGCGAGGCCUUCCGCCUCCGCGUCGUCGUCCAGGCCGCGGUCCUUGCGAUCGCCGUCGUCGGCGUGACGAACUGGGUGGAUGGGAAGUUCUUCAGCGGCAGCCUCGGCACGCAGGCGGUGAAGCCCGGCUAUGGUUCGCACCGCGACGUCCUGAAGGCGAUCGAGAAGCUGCGCGAGGCGUUCCCUGAAGAGGGGCGCGUCGUGACGGACCCGAUCAUCACCGCGCAGUACGGCUCGUCAGACAAUACUUACCUCCCUACUUCCCCCCACUCGGUUGUGGUCCGCCCCAGAAGUACAGAGGAUGUUGUCACCAUCGUCAACAUUGCGCGUACCCAUCGCAUCCCUAUCGUGCCGUAUAGCGGCGCUACCAGCUUGGAGGGGCACUUCGCGGGCUACAAGACCGGAAGCAUAUGCAUCGACAUGUCGGAGAUGAACAAGAUUAUACGCAUCAAUGUGGACGACGGCGACCUUAUUUGUCAAGCCGGCGUACAAUGGGAAGCUAUCAACGACACCCUUAAGGAGAAGGGCAUCCCCCUUUUCUUCCCCCUUGACCCAGGACCUGGUGCAACCAUCGGCGGCAUGAUCGGCACAGGCUGCAGCGGGACCAACGCCGUCCGCUACGGCACGGCAAAGGGCGAAUGGUUCCUGAAUGUGACCGUGGUACUCCCCAAUGGCGAAGUCGUCAAGACCCGGCAGCGCGCGCGCAAGUCGUCUGCCGGGUGGGAUUCGACGAAGCUGUUCAUCGGCGCGGAGGGAACACUGGGAAUUGUUACUGAGGCUACCCUCCGCCUUGCGCCGCGCCUCCCGACGAAUGUCGCCAUGGCGCAGUUCCCGAACGUCGGCGCAGCGGUCAGCGCCGUGCAGGAAAUCCUGCAGAGCCCAUAUGGGCCGUUGAUGCAAUGCCUGGAGCUCGUUGACGAUCACAUGAUGGCCGCCAUCAACACCGCCGGCCUCGUCGAGAAGCCGUACCCCGUCUCGGACACGCUCUUCGUCAAAGUGCAGGGCGACGCGGGCGCGAUCGAGCUCGCGUCGAAGACGCUGAAGACGAUUGUGAAGAAGCAUGGGAGCUCGCAGUUCGAGUUCGCCAAGACAGACGAGGAGGCGGACACUCUGUGGCAGAACCGCAAGUACGCGCUGAUCUCGACUCUCGGCGCACAUCCGGGCUCAAGGUGUUGGACGACGGAUGUUUGUGUCCCCGUAUCCAGACUCCCCCACCUUGUCCACGAGACGAAGCGCGAUCUGGAGCAGGAGGGCCUGACCAGCACUAUCGUCGGGCACGUCGGCGACGGCAACUUCCACGCGCUGCUGCUCUUCAGGAACGACGAGGAGCUGAAGAAGGUCGAGGGCGCCGUGCAUCGGCUGGUGCAUCGCGCGAUCCGGAUGGAUGGUACUUGCACUGGCGAGCACGGCGUCGGCGUCGGAAAGAAGGAGUAUCUGACCGAGGAGCUCGGCGAGAGUACCAUCGAGCUCAUGCGUACGGUGAAGCGCGCCAUCGACCCGCUCAACAUCAUGAACCCAGGGAAGUUGUAUCCUGACGAGAAGGAGAAGGAGAAGCACUGAAGUCACUAUUGACCGAUGUGUGAAGGCCUGCAUAGCGCCCAGCUCUACUUACCUUACGUGUGGCCAUCAUCGUAGAAAUUGGAUAUGGCAAUGGCAUUCAAGGUUGGUUCCAAGACAGGCGUCAAACUGAUAAAUAAAACUGCCUGACUUGCCAG